CCCUUCAACACCGUCUGCGAGCUGCCCAUCUGCGUAUUGACGAUGCUCUCGACGGCGUUCUGGCAAACAGCUGCGAGAGUUUUGAUCCGCAAUUGUACGCCAUUGCUCAAGAAGCCUACGACUGUUACAUCUUGCACGUCUUUUGUGUGGCAGUCUGGUGCGAACACGACCCAACAUUUUUGCUGUCAGAAGGAUACAAAAAACCGUGGUGCAGCGGUACGCGGGACUUCCAUCUGCAGGCACCAAAUACCUCUUUGGUGUCGUCACUUUAUAGUUCGACUGUCGUAUCUGACGAGAACCAGGGAUGUCCUUGUUUGCCGCAAAGACGGUGGUGGCUUAAAAACUAA